GUGUCAGCACCAUGGUCAGCGCUCGGGCUCUUCUCCUCGCGGCCACCUGCUGCUGCGCCUACCUGUGGCUCGCUCGUGCAGAAGACUCCUCACUGGAGACGCGCUCAUUGGAUUUCCCUUUGAAAACGCAACAGGAGAAAGACCUGAUUGACGCGUUGCAAGAAGUUUUGGAGAAGCUGAGGAGCAAAGAGAUGCCCUUAGAGAAAAAGCUUGGCUGGCUGCCUUCGUGUGACGCUGGGGAGCCAUGCGCCGUGCGUAAAGGGGCGCGUAUUGGCACGCUGUGCAGCUGUCCCCGGGGGACUUCCUGUAACUUUUAUGUUCUUAAAUGUUUAUAAAGGAGAAAAAAAUAACAAUUAUGCAAGAAAACACAGGAGAGAGUUUAGGAGUUUGGAGUGACAGAAUCUGCUGUCAUUCUCUUGGGAAAAAAAUAAAUGUAAUGUGUGAUAAAUAAUAAAGGACGUUUUUCUUUUAUAAACGUGGACUGGCAAAUGUUAGAAUAUAGGUUUUGAAUAUAUUUGAAGGUCUGUGUGUGAUCUGUAUUUUUUUGUUUUCCAUCAGGGAAGUUAUUUGUGAGGAAUUGUGGCAUCUUGUGAAAGAUCUUGAAUGCAAGUGUUUGUCAUAAAUCCUUUUACCCUGUAAUUUUUUUGGUUUUGUUCUGUUGUUGUUGCUGUUAUGGGGGGAAAUAGUAGCCUACAGUAAUCCUAGUAUCGGAUUAAUUCUAAACACAUUUGUAAGAUAAGGUCAAUAAAUCAACUAAAUCAUA